AUGUGGCAAAGGGUUCACACACCUGGGCGGCUGGAUGUACCACUGGAGACUCACACGGGGAAGUACCGCUACUCCUGUCAGAUGUGCGACAAGGGUUUCAGAGACAAGUGCAACCUGCUGCGCCACACCAGGACUCACACGGGCGAGAAGCCGUACUCCUGUGAAAUCUGCGGCAAAGGGUUCCGGGGAAAGAGCGGCUGGCUGUACCACAUGGAAACGCACACGGGGAAGUACCGCUACUCCUGCCAAAUCUGCGGCAAAGGGCGACCGGCGCACCGCUGCCAGACCUGCGGGAAGUGCUUCCGGCAGAGGAGCACCCUGCUGGGCCACAUGAGGACUCACUCCAGCGAGAAGUCCUGGCCGUGCGACACCUGCAGCAAGUGUUUCAGGGAAAAGAGCAACUUAUUGGCCCACAUGAGAACCCACACGGGCGAGAAGCCGUCUUCCUGCGAAACCUGCGGGAAGUGUUUCCGGGGCAAGAGCACCCUGCUGGCUCACAUGAGGACCCACACGGGCGAGAAGCCGUUCGGCUGCCAGACGUGCGGGAAGCGCUUCAGCGACAGGAGCAACUUUUUCCGCCACAUGAGAACUCACACGGGCGAGAAGCCGUACGCGUGUGAAACAUGCGGGAACAGCUUCAGUCAGCAGAAUCAUUUGUUCGCCCACAUGGAAACUCACACAGGUGAGAAGCCCUGA